UAAAAUGAAUCCAGUUAGCGCCACUGUACCAGCUAGGAAAAUGGUCUCACGAAAAACUCUCUGAUAAUAAUCAAUUAUUAUUAAUAUUUCAUAGAAAAAUGCUCGAAGUUAUCGUUCUAUUUGAUGGAUACUCUACGAAGUUGCCCAACGGAAGCAUGGACGCAAAUUGUACAUGUACUUUAAUAAAGGGCGCCAAAUUAAUCAUCGUCGAUACCAUGACAGCUUGGGACCGCGGGAAAAUAGUGCAAGCCCUUGCACGGCACAAUAUUGAGCCAGAAAACAUCGAUUAUAUUGUAUGCACUCAUAGCCAUGCGGAUCAUAUAGGGAACAACAAUUUAUUCACAAAUGCAACACAUAUUGUAGGUUUGUGUUAUAUAUAUCAUCGCUGAACAAAAGCUUCAUUUCAUUAAAAUAGUUACAUUUCUUUAGAAGGUUACGAGCUCUGUCCAGGUGUUAAAGUUAUAGCCACGCCAGGACAUACAGCUGAGGAUGUCACUGUCUUGGUGGAAACGACAAAAGAUGGGGAGAAGAUGCUAUUUGCUGUUACAGGAGACUUGUUUGAAAAAGAAGAUGAUAUUCUGGAGCCAUCCAUCUGGAAAUCAUUAGGCAUGCCACAACUGGUAAAGACUCAAUCUGUUAUGCGUUCUCAUGUAAUAAAUCACGCGGAUUUUAUAAUACCUGGGCAUGGUCCAAUGUUUCGUGUUUCACAUGCUAUGAGGGAAAUUGUCAAAAACCAAAUAAUAGAAUAAGAUUGCAAAUUCAUCUCUUGUUGAUAUCUUGUUAAUCAGUAUGUCAGUCUGAUAAAUUUGUUAUUAUAUUUUUACAAAUACUUUAUUAAACAUUGCAAAGUGUCGUACAUGAUAUCACAACGUUAUUAUACUCAUUGUAUACAUACAUUGCGAUCUUUUUUAUUACACGUUACACCGGAUUCACAAACAUAUAUGUUUAUACAUAGGAGCGAUACCACCUUACAUUGCGAUUCUGCUCGUUACAUCGACGCAAAUCAAUAUAAUAACUUGUCUUAAAACAAUCUUUUCCAUAACAUACACGUUUAUUUUGAGGAAUUAAUUCGCGAAUCGAUACAUUGUUCUUAACAAAUACAACGCUAUUUAGACAUCCUUCCGUUCUAAAGGGAUUCACUUUCCUAAUAUCUACAUUCUAUGUUCGCAAAACAAUUCUAUCAAAUCUUCACAGCCAACGACUAAAUUAAAAGUCCUCUCUCGCAUCUUCUGCAUUCUUAUCUAAGAAUUAUCUCGUAACUGGUAGAGAAGAGUUUUUUCUUCUGGGAAGAGGAGAAUAUGACAUUUAUAGUUUUACUCUACCACGAUCGGAAUUACGUAACUAUGCCAAGAAGCCUAUAAAUAUAUCUCCUCCGAAAGAAAUUGAAUGACAAAAAUCUUUCUAAAUAAACUUGUCUUGUAAAAUGAUGUAACUUCAAGUUACAUCCGAGACUUCCGACCGUCCUUCGAUACAACAUAUAUUAAAUUACGAUGUUGAAAGUGAAGAGAUCGUAUUAGGAUCUUUUUUUCUCGGAUUAUAUAGAUUGAAAUAGAUUAGUAUUUUUAUUAGUAUUUUUAUAUAUAUAGCGAGAAGGAAGAAAUCGUACGAUUUUUCACUCGUUACAUUCCGACAUGGGUCGCUGUUGUAGCAGCCCUAAAGUAUUACAAUGUAAACAAUGUGAGACCGAGUGCCCCGCACUCCAUGAAGCUAAGAAUACUUUGUACGGAACGGCAAAGUCAAUUCGCCGCGAUUGUAUCUAAAAAUUAAGUAAUUCUACGAGACCGAAAAAUCUGUUUAUGCUCGCGUAUCUCCUUCUUACUUGUCGGCAAAUUAAUACAGGAUAUAACAGAAUCGUGAUCUAUGAACAAAUCUAUGUUUUCAAGUUUAGGAAUCGUUUAUAUACAGUUCUUAUUACGUAUGUCUCUCUCUAACAAGCUAACUUAACUUUCAUCGAAUUCUAUAGUUUUCCUUAGAUCAUUAUAUUCGAUGCGUAUCGAUUCUCGCGCUAAUAAAGAUAUAUCUUUAUUUCAUCGACGUAUUAACAAUUUUUUCCAUAUUAUAUAUGGAUAUAUUAUAACAUUAUAUAUAAUAUAUAAUGAUCUUUAUAAGUGAGAAUAUUUGAAUUAAAAUUCACAAAAAAGUAAUCAACACGAUACCUGAUUGUUUAUAUCAAAAUUAAUCUAUCUACUACUUGGCGCGAAGCAAUAAAACUGUAAUAUAUAACGAAAAUCUUUCCCGAUGAAGAGAUGUACUCCAUUUUUUUUUUCAUUUCGGCAAAUUACAUUAAAAAUUGCAGGAA